GCAUAAUUUCAGCCGUUGAUGACGUGCAUUGCGAUAUGUGGGUCCCAUGUCCCAUUUAUUCUGGACCGUUGAUUUCUUCAUCUUGUUGUCGUCAUCACUCCGGACGUCUUCGUCAGCAGGUGAACUGUGUUCGUCCGUGAUGGCCUCCUCCAAUCAGUUUCCUCCACGUGGCGAGAUGUGGUUUGUGUCCAAAUCAGACGAAGGGUUAUUUUAUUUGCCUGCCUUCCUUUCCCUUAAAUAGCAAAGAGCAAACCCAAAAAAAAAAAAACAGGCCAGAGAGAGAAUCAAGAUGGAGAAUCAUGGGAAAGAGCUAGAAGGAGAUCAAGAGGUGGUGGUGGCGAAGGUGUCUCCGGCGCCGGAGACUGAGGAGGGAGUGGAGGAGGAGGGGACGGUGGUCGGCUCAAGCUUGACAUUGGAGAAGGUCGCCGCGGCGAAGCAGUUCAUCGAGAGCCAUUACAAAGCUCACAUGAAACACAUCCAACAACGCAGACAAAGGCGGUUGGUUUUGGAACAAAAGUUAGCAUCUUUGGAUGUGUCACAAGAAGAACAACACAAUCUGCUGAAGGAUUUAGAGCGGAAGGAGACAGAGUAUAUAAGGCUUAAGAGGCACAAAAUUUGCGUCAGUGAUUUUGAUCUUCUAACCAUUAUAGGCAGAGGAGCCUUUGGAGAGGUAAGGCUAUGUCGCGAGAAAAAGACGGGCAACAUUUAUGCAAUGAAGAAGCUGAAGAAGUCAGAAAUGCUUAGCAGGGGGCAAGUCGAACAUGUAAGAGCCGAGAGGAACUUGCUAGCAGAAGUAGCCAGUGACUGUAUCGUGAAGCUUUAUUAUUCUUUCCAAGAUGCAGAAUUUUUGUAUCUAAUCAUGGAAUAUUUGCCUGGUGGUGAUGUAAUGACUUUGCUUAUGAGGGAAGAGACCUUGACCGAAACCGUUGCUCGAUUUUACAUUGCUGAGAGUGUUUUGGCUAUUGAAUCUAUACAUAAGCAUAAUUAUGUUCACAGGGAUAUAAAACCCGACAACCUUCUGUUGGACAAGAAUGGUCAUAUGAAGCUGUCUGAUUUUGGUCUUUGUAAGCCUCUUGAUUGUAGACAUUUGUUGGCUAUUAAUGAAGACGAACCACUAAACGAAGAUACUUUGAAUGAAUCGAUGGAUAUUGACGGGAGCUUGAGCGGAUUUCGUGGAAGGAAUUGGAAGAGCCCAUUAGAACAACUUCAGCAUUGGCAGAUAAGCAGGAGAAAACUGGCAUUCUCCACAGUUGGCACCCCAGAUUAUAUCGCGCCAGAAGUGUUGUUGAAGAAGGGAUAUGGCGUAGAGUGUGACUGGUGGUCGCUGGGCGCCAUUAUGUACGAGAUGCUUAUAGGUUAUCCCCCAUUCUACUCCGACGACCCAGUGACCACUUGCAGGAAGAUUGUGAACUGGAGAAAUCAAUUGAAAUUUCCCGAGGAAGCGAGGUUGACACCCGAGGCCAGAGAUCUUAUCUGCAGGUUGAUCUGUGAUGCUGAGAGUAGGCUUGGUUCUCAAGGAGCCGAGCAAAUUAAGGCUCAUCCCUGGUUCAAGGACGUUGACUGGGACAAACUCUAUGAGAUGGAAGCAGCGUUUAAGCCAGAAGUUAAUGGGAAACUGGAUACCCAAAACUUUAUGAAAUUUGACGAGGUUGAUUCUCCAAAACCCGGGAGAACAGGAUCUGGACCGCUAAGGAAGAUGCUUUUAACCCCUCAAGAUCUCAGUUUCGUUGGCUAUACGUACAAAAACUUCGAUGCCAUACGUGGCCCUCGUCUCUCUUUAGAUACAAGAAGCAUUUCUCCCCCACGCUCAUCAACUGAGUCAGCCCAAAGUGAUUCUGCAGUAGAUUACGCACAAAUCUGAACCGAAUUCAUCACAAACAUGAUAUACUCCAAGUCAGUUUCGAUCGGAUAUCGUCUUCUUUGGAGCAGAAAGCCCGUCGAACUCCCUUCAUUUUCUUACGGAACCCGCUCGCUCGGGUAAACUUACAAUCCGUUUCAGCAGAUUUCUGAUCCUUACAACUUGAUCAUUGUCCUGUCAGAACCAGAUGAGAAGAUUUUCAGCACUGUUUUCGCUGUUCUCGAAUCCGCUUUUUCGUGUUUUUUUUUCCUCCGUCUUUUUCGGCGUGUCAGCUGCCCAGAUUGGCUUACUGUAGUUUCUGGUAGCCUUCUCUUGCGGCAGUUCCCGGCCUUUGGUUAAUCUUAGUAGCCAUCUCCAAGAACUUGUUCUUGUAUAUCUCAAAGACAGAGAGCUUCAUCUUCUGUAUU